AUGCCUUGUCCAGGAUCAAUGCCUUCAAAGUUAGCCGCAGAGGAAAUGUCGCAAGAACAGAGCAAGGACGUUGAAAUGCAAACUAUAUUAAAUGGCAACACCUCUCUGAAUCUUCAAAAAUUAACAUUAGACGGCUAUCCAGUUUAUUGCAACACGCAAGAUAAUUUUGUGGAGCCCUACCUUCCGCAAAGUCUUGGCAGAAUUGCUUUUGACAUUGUACAUGGGAAUGCACACCCAAGCAUAAGGAUUACUUCAAGGGAGUUGCGAAGAAGAUUUUCACAUAUUCACAUCGACAUAAUUAAAUUACCUAAUAUUAAUGGAUAUCCUUAUUGCCUAACAAUCAUCGACAGAUUCACAAGGUGGCCAGAAGCUAUUCCUCUAAAGGACAUUUCUUCAGACGAUUCUUUAAGCCCUAUUUUCAAACUGGAUAUCAAGAUUUGGUACACCAUGUGUGCUAAGAAAAUACGGACAACGGCAUACCACCCUCAGUCCAAUGGUCUGGUUGAAUGCUGGCAUAGAACUCUGAAAGCAGCUUCAAUGUGCUCUCCUGAGCCCUGGAUCGAAGUAUUACCUGUAGUCUUACUAGAGUUACGUUCAUCAUACAAAGAAGACCUUAAAGCAUCCCCUGCUGAGAUGGUUUAUGGAACCACAUUAAGACUACCAGGCGAGUUUUUCACAUCUAAAGAACUGUCAUCCGAUCCACAAGCAUUUCUGGAUUGUCAUAGAAAAAUAAUGCGUGAUAUUAAGCCUACAGCCACAUCUCUUCAUAAUAAAGCCAAUAUGUUUGUACUCAAGGAAAUGAAUACAUGCACUCAUGUAGUUGUCAGGUCAGAUCAUAUUCGAAAACCACGAUCUCCAUAUAGUGGACCAUAUAAAAUCAUAGAAAGAAUUUCAAACAAAGUGUACAAAAUUUCUAUGGAUGGUACUGAUAAGAACAUAUCGGUUGACAGAUUAAAACCAGCAUAUACAGUUAAAACAGAUAACAGUCAACCAAGCACAUCUCAAGAAUUUAAAUCACAUAACUUGGAGUUAUCGAUGAAUCCUCCAAAAAAGAUGAAGUCUAAAAAAGUCUUCUUUAAAUUAUAA